AUGGCUGAGGAAGAAAUAGUUGCCGAACUUAAAGACCAAAAUGUCACGUCUGUUAAACGCUUCACUGUCAAGAAACAGGAUGGAAAAAUUGUACCCAGCAACACCUACCUGUUUACAUUUGCUUUAUCUACUGUACCCAAAUCCAUAAAAGCUGGCUAUUUCAAUAUCGGGGUGGAGGUGUAUAUCCCCUCUCCACUCCGAUGUUAUACAUGUCAAAAGUUUGGGCAUGGUUCCAAAUCCUGCCGUUACUCUCAUCGUUGUCACCGCUGUAGCGAAGAUCAUCAGGACUCUGAUUGCACUAAAGAUCCUAAAUGUGCAAAUUGCAGUGGUGACCAUCUGUCGUCCUCUAAAUCUUGCCCUGAGUGGCAGAUUCAAACAAAAAUCUUGAAAUUAAAAUAUGAAACCAAUAUCCCUUUCCAUGAGGCUAAACAACAAAUUCUGAGCCAGACUCCAGCAAAGUUAUCUACUUCUAUCUCCUACUCAGCUGCUGUCUCAAACAAACCAAAAACGGUUUCUAUUUCGUGCCAAACGGAUUUGACGUGGGUUACAUCUGACCAACCAGUGAAUACAGAUACUACACGAUCUCAAUCUCUCACUUUGGCAACAUCUUCCUCCCAGACUGCCACUCAGUCACAAGCUGAGGUUGAUCAAGCUGCUGUUGAUAUUGCUGUACCUGUUGAAACGUCACAAAAACAACGCAAACGCCUAAAUCGUAAAAAACAAUCAUCACAGAGCUCUUCUCCUUUAGAGGUACCUGUAACUGUUGAAGUUCAUAACUCAUUUGACCCUCUGGAGAUGGAGGUGACUCCAUCGUCAGAACACAGAAAUAGAAGUCCAUCUUCCUCCCGUGGCCGUGAGAGAUCCCCCAUAGAACCUCCAUGA